AUGGCCACUCGCAACCUUUCUUUCGUCAUCACUAAAGCUCAGGGCGUAAGCGAGAACACGAACAUCAUCCUGACGUUCGUUCCCGUUGAUGAAACUGACCUAUAUAUCAAGCAGCUUCCUGUUGUCUGGAAGGUCCUCAAGUUUGCUGCAAAUCAGACGCAAACGAUUAAUGUCACCUACACCGCAAGACUUGGCGUUGCCGUGUUGUGAUAUUCGAGGCUUCCGCAGUCAUUCCUAUUUUAGAUAUUGUAUGCCCGUCUUAGACAUGACGCGUACAGAGCACUCUC